GAAGAUGGGUUCUUCUACUCAGUCUUUUACAGUAAUAUGAUUGGCUAAUGUAAGGUGUGCGCGAACCUUUGAUCUACGUUGGUGGUCUGCAAAGUUUUGAAGUCUCAUAAUGGCAAGUCUGUGUAUUUGUUUCCAAAAAGCUAGGCUACUCUAGACUUUUACCAAACCGAGUAUGCCGCCUAACAUGUUUCGACGAUUCAUUAGUCUUUAAGACACAAUGUUCAAAAUCGGCCAACAAUAAAUUACAAUAUACCGUUACAUUGUAACGAAGGCGAUGCAUGACUCAACUUUUUAAUUGAACUUUCUGUGAAUUGGACACAACAAAACCGAGAGCGCGGCUGUUAUGACAAAAUUGUGACAACCACUCAUUCAGACCACCCACACAUCUUCGAAGUGAUGGGGGUUUCUCCAGCAAGGGAAGGAGAAGGAAGAGCGUAACUAUUCGGGAGACGGGUGGACCGUCGCCAUUGCGACCGGAGACUGCCCCCAUGAUCUCGACCAGCCGAUACACCAAGGGACCAUGCGAACCAGUUUGCAACGGGACUAACUGCUCAUUUCAGAAGGCGAUAAAUGGAUUAUUCAUAUCUUAAAAGAAUAUGAUGACUUUCCCGUUUUUGUCGAGCAACGUUACGAGGUUUCAUACCCGCUGGCUUGAGGAGAGAAUUUUCACUUGGAGAGGUGGAGAGUCUGCUGUGGACAAAGGGGAAAGUUUUUCUCAAGCUUACGAACUGUGAUUGAACUGAGUCAGCAGGUCCUCUGUCAUGUGUCCCCAGAUGUACUCCUCAGCCAUCCACACAAAAUGAACAAAAGCUGGAAUGGGACCUCGGCAGCUCCAGGUACUGGGAAUGUUACAGGUGUGGAUGAAGGAUCCAUCGCCCUGGAGUCAGUCUCCAUAGUGAUCAUCGCGCUCCUCAUCUGCCUGGGCAACCUGGUGAUCGUGGCGACGCUGUACAAGAAGCCCUACCUGCUGACGCCCAGCAACAAGUUUGUGUUCAGCCUGACGCUGUCCAACCUGCUGCUGUCGGUGCUGGUGCUGCCCUUCGUGGCGGCCAGCUCGGUGCGCCGGGACUGGAUGUUCGGCGUGGUGUGGUGCAACUUCACCGCGCUGCUCUACCUCCUCAUCAGCUCGGCGAGCAUGCUCACGCUCGGGGCCAUCGCCAUCGACAGGUACUACGCCGUGCUCUACCCAAUGGUCUACCCCAUGAAGAUCACCGGCAACCGGGCAGUCGUGGCCAUCGCCUACAUCUGGCUGCACUCGCUGGCCGGCUGCCUCCCGCCGCUGUUCGGCUGGUCGGCCUUCGAGUUCGGCGGCGCCAAGCGCGCCUGCACGGUGGCGUGGCACCGGGAGCCCGGCUACGCCGCCUUCUGGGUCGUCUGGUGCUGCCUGCCGCCGCUGGCCGCCAUGCUGGCCUGCUACGGCGUCAUCUUCCGCGUGGCGCGCCUCAAGGCCCGCAAGGUGCACUGCGGCACCGUGGUGGUGGCCUCCGCCCCGUCCGGCCAGGAGGACAACAACGGCGGCGGAGGAGGAGGAGGAGGAGGAGGAGGAGGAGGCCAAGCGGGGCACCAGAAGGGCAGCCGCAAGAACUCCAGCACGUCCACCUCGUCCAGCGGCAGCCGCCGCAGCCUGGUGUACUCGGGCAGCCAGUGCAAGGCCUUCGUCACCAUCCUGGUGGUGGUGGGCACCUUCCUGCUGACGUGGGGGCCGUACGUGGUGGCGGUGGGCACCGAGGCGCUCCGGGGCAAGGGGAGCGUGUCGCCGGGCGUUCAGACGCUGGUCACGUGGCUGUCGUUCGCCAGCGCCGUGUGCCACCCGCUCAUCUACGGCCUGUGGAACAAGACGGUGCGCAAGGAGCUCCUGGGCAUGUGCUUCGGGGACCGGUACUACCGCGAGUCGUUCGUCACGCGGCACAGGACGUCGCGGCUCUUCAGCAUCUCCAACCGCAUCACGGAUCUGGGGAUGUCCCCUCACCUGACGGCCAUGUUGGUGGGAGGAGCCCAUCCUCUGGGGCCUGGCAGCAGCACUGGAGACACGGGCUUCAGCUUUACACAAGACUCAGGUACAGACGUCAUGCUGCUGGAUAAUUUCUCCACCGACGGCUCGUUCUCCAACCACCACACCGGCGGCGCCGCAGGCAACCGCAGGCGCAGCUCGGUCACGUUCGAGGACCAAGUGGACCAGCAUUCCAAAGCAGAUCCCUUCCCCGUGGUGCAGGUCAAAGCCGAGCUCCACAGCUCCCUGGACAGCUUCGCCAACUGCCUGGCCAUGGCCAUCGAGAGCGACGCCAAGCUGCAGAUCUUCGGGGAGGGGACGGCGAUGCCCUCGCUGCCUCUGCUGCCGCCGCCGCCCCCGCUGCCGGCGGCGCUGUUCACCAGCCGCAACGUCCAGCGGGCGCCGCGCUACCUGGACGGCCAGCGGCUGAGGAUGGAGAGCAUCGAUGAAGGAAUCGUGAAAGACGACCAGGAGCAGCAGGACGCGGAGGACGAGGAGAGCAGGAAAGAUGGCGACUGAGCCCCAUCUCUUUUGGCUGGGUGACUUUGAAAGACGGAUCGAGAGGUCUGAUCCUGCGAUGUUCAUACGGUCUCAUGGCCAGAGCAAACGGAGAUCAUGACAGGACCCAAACAGAGCAGCACAUUAUGUAUCAUUGGUACAAAAGGCCGACAGCCUUACUUAAUAUGUAAAUCAGUCCUACAUUUCUCCUAUCAGUAACAUAGGAAGCCUUAACCACUGUAUCUUAAGUUCCCACUAAAAGGACUAUUUUUUUUGUUGUUGCGUGUUUGUUCGUGUGGACGUUGUACACAUUCAUUGACGAUAUUACUAAGAGUAUAAUCCGUUGUGCGUAGAUGGUAUGUAAGCCCAAGUAUUUACACUAUCCGACAAAAGACUGCUACCUCAAAUCCAAAAAUCUCUGAGCUCUGAAAGAUGUCGCCGAGCCCAGGCUCUGAAUCACCGUCCACAACCGCGUGAACACUGAAUGUAACGGUACGAGAGCGCGGGACCAGCUGGGUUUUUUUUCCGCCACGAGUCAGAACAAGACCCGCACGGGCGCGGUAGAAACGAUUUGCACUUGACAAUGAUGGGCAACGGACGGACCAGCGGAUGGCAGUGUUUUUUUCCCCCCUCCGCUGAAGAGGACUUGCCAAGCGGUUUGAGAUCUUUUGUGUUGUUCGUCCGUCUGUUGUUUACCUUGUGCGGUGAGCACCUGGAUUUUCAAAAGUUUGACCACUGGGUUGAGAAAUUCCACACUGGCUUUUUCUCUAGCCCAAAGACUUUUUUUUUUUACUGCGAACAGUGUGUAGGCCAAUGCAGUUUCCUAACAAUAAGAAAAGAACGGUGCCAGUGCCAUUUUAAGUCCAUUUUAAAAAGAAAUAAUAGGAAGAGUUGAUGUUUCUUACUGUUUUGUACAAAGUGUUACAUGCCGUUAUUUUCAGACAUUUUGUAUUGUAUUGUGGAAUUAAAUCCCUUUUUCUAUAC